UAGUAGCAAAAAAUGUGUUUUUUCAGCUUGAGAUGCUUGAGUAAUAAUGGCUAGUGUCAGGCACAAUUCUCCAAUGUUCGACUUUACAUUACCUGUAAGGAUUAAGAUGCUUUUUCUGAAAUCUCUUAUGGAUGAAGUUGAUGAUAUGAUUCAUGAGUUCUUUUGGAAGUAGGAGGGGUCUUUAAAUUUCAAGGUUCAAGAUGCUUGUAGUGUGUGAAAACCAGUUACUAUCGACAAAGCUUUGCAAUACAAAUCCAUUUUCAUUUGUUCCUGCUUUAGCUAUAUGAGCCAAGAAGCAGUGCUUUAAUUUCUAGCUUUUUUAUUCAGUUUGCCAGAGUUAUUUCUAUUACGUAGCUUCUCAAAAUAGCUUAUUGAAACCGCUUAUUUAGAUUUUUUUUCUCUCAAAUUUUCUUCCAUCUUCAAGUUUUGUUUAUAAAAUGAAAAAAGAAAUCGUUGAGAGUGCAAAUGGAAUUUUUGGGAUAAUAUCUUUUAGUUUUCUUAUGUUUAUUUUUGCAAGAUGGGUUUUCUAAAUAGCAGAGCCAUGGCUGCUAAGGAUAUACACGAUGGUUUUUGAGUUCACCCCUAUAACAUGAUGGUUUUUGAGUUCACCCCUAUAACAUGGCGGUUUUUGAGUUCAACUCUAUAACAACGCCGCAAAGCGGCCGGUAUGGUGGCCAGUAUGGCGGAAUUUUGGCUCUCCAUCCUAUACCUGUGCCACAAAGCGCCGGUAUGGCUGAAUUUUGGCUAAGAGCUCAGACAUCUUAUAGGGUUUAAGUUAUCAGUUUCAUGCUAGUUGAUCUGGACUGAACCUAGCAAGCCUCAAUCUAGUUGCAAAUUUUGUAUAUGGCAGAUAGUAGUAAAAAAUGUGUUUUUUGGGGCUUGAGAUGCUUGAGUAAUAAUGCACAAAAAUAAGAUAACAAAAUUGUUUAGCAUCAAGACCAAACUAACAAGAGUCUUGUACCAAUUUAACAAUUCUUCACGGGUAUGUUUGGAUUUCUCUCUCAAUGAUGAAUUAGACUGUAGAUAAUUCUUGUAUUAGGAGCGAGGAACUCAUUUCUCACCAACACUGAAAAGAAAGGGACGAUAGAGCGUUGGUUAGUUUUUAUUUCCUCUUUUCUUUUGAUGAUUACGUAAGUACCAUUUUAUUAUAUUAAGAAAAAGAAAAUAAAAACAUGAAUUGCAUCGAAAAAUAAUAGAAGACAUAUAUGGAAGUCAAAGACCGGCAAGAAAGACAAGAGAGUUGUCAUGGUGGGAAGAAAGACAACAACAUAGAUAGCAACGAUACUUUACUAUAUAAUUUUGUUACAUUGCAUGGAUAUCAUUAUCCCAACAUUGGAAUUUCUUGUAAGCUCCGACUAGAAACGGCAAAAGUUAAGUACUGUAAUUUUAUUGGUGCAAGAAGAGAGAGAUAGGGAUAGAGAAAGGAUGAAAAUACCUAGCCCUACGCGGAAGCAAUCUGUUGGGGAUCGUCACAUGAUCUCACCCACUCGCCACAAUAUGUCCCGAUCAGCGCGGAGGAGGAAAAACACUGGUCAUUGGUGGUUGUCAUCCAUAUCAUGGAGGAUGAAGAAGAAUGAGGACUCAUAUGACUUGACUCCUCAAACUCACUUCUCUUCCAAUAGUCCCUACUACAAGGGUCUCACUGAUCAAUCUCUUGCUAUCACUCCAACCUCUCAUGAACAAGACUAUGAACACGACAACAACACUGCCCCGCCAUCACUCCGGCCUCUCCUCCUUUCAUCAUCCCCCAUCAGUAGUCCUUACUACAAAGGUCUUACGGAUUAUUCUCUUGUCGUCGAUGCUUCUUGGACUGCUACUUCUCAUCCAAUUCCUCAUCACAGUUCUUCUCUUUCUUGUCACCAUGACUCAAGUCCAUACUAUAGGGGCCUUAUUGCUCUUCCUGUUCCUGCCUCCCCCACUUCUCUCUACUCCCUCAACAUCAAUUUCAAUACCUCCACAACCACGUCCGCCCAACCAUCAACUCAUGAUUUUGUUGUCUUUUUAAGUCCAGAAGAUCAAUCACUGAUGGUGACAGAGCCGGAAACAACUUUAAAGGAGGCAAUGGUGUUGAUCCAUCCAGGUAUCCAGGGGAAGCCUUUGAGGGUUAAUGAUCAGUCGUCAUCACAAGCAACUUUGGAGGAGAUGGAUGAUGAUGGUGACGUCGAUGAUGAUGACGACAACGGCGAUAAUAUUGAAGGUGAGAAGCCUUUGAGGGUUAAUAAUGAAUCGGAAACAAUUCUAGAGAAAACAAUUUUGGAAGAUGCCGUGUUGUUGGUUGAAGAGCAUACUAGGAAGCCUUUGAGGGAGGGAGUAACAUCAGAUUCUGAGACAGUAUUGUUACAGCAAGAAAGUGCUAACAAAUCAGAUUUAGGUUUGGAGGAGAUGGAAUUGGUGAUUGAUCAAGAGAAGCCAUUGAGAGAGAGUGAGAAAGCACUAAUAAACACAGAGAAAACAAAUUUGAAAGAGGAACUCGGAGACUUUUGGUUGGGUGGUCAAAAGACUGUUUCUGAACAAACAGUGGCAUUGGAAUUACCUUGUGAGCACAUGUUGAAGCACACAGCUGAGGAAGGAAAUCUAUAUGAGUAUCUGUGGGCAACCAAAUACCAGCCUAAGAAAUUGGGAGACUUCAUCUGCAACAAAACUAGAGCACUUGAGCUGAAAGCAUUGGUAAAAGGGGGAUGUGGCUGUAAUCACUUUAUAUUCGAAGGACCCCCAAAUGUAGGAAAGAGAUCCAUGAUACGGGCUAUGCUUCGAGAGGUAUUUGGCGAUGAUGGAGUGCAGGUCACAGAAGAAUUUAAAGACUUCAGCUUGAAGGGAGAAAUGGUCGAAAAUCUCCAACUGCGCGUGCAGAAAUCACUCCAUCAUGUUGAGGUAAAUCUAUCAGAAGCAAAGGGAUAUGAAAAACAUGUGAUUGUUGAGCUAUUCAAGGAAACAUAUGGUAAGGUGAUAAAUAGCUCAUUGCCUUGUAGUCCCGAAAACUGUCAAGCAAUCAUUUUGUACGAGGCGGAGAAGCUAUCAUUAGAAUCGGUGUUGUAUAUAAAGUGGAUGGUAGAAAAGUAUAAAGGGUGCAAUAAGCUGUUCUUUUGUUGCUCUGAUGAAUCAAGGCUACAACCAAUCCAAUCACAUUGCACCACUGUCCGUCUCUCAUCACCAUCAACCCAACAGAUUGUCAAGAUUUUGGAAUAUAUUGUACAAGAAGAAGGAAUAAAGUUAUCACGCGAGUCAAUCAAGAAGAUAAUUUUGAGGUCCAAAAACAAUCUCCGUCAAGCCAUUCGUUCAUUGGAAGCCACUUACAGACACAAGAAUGUCCUCAAUGACGAUGAUUUAAUUUUAACUGGAUGGGAGUACGAUAUAUUGAAUAUUGCUAAAAAUAUAAUCAGAGAGCAGAGUCCAAGACAGUUGUACGCCAUUCGACGAAAGCUUCAAAGUCUUAUGAUUCACGAUGUUCCUCCUGACUUUAUUUACAAGUCUUUGGUUGCAGACUUAACAAGCCUAGUUGAUGAUUCACUAUGCUCAGAGGUUGCCAAACUUGACAAGGAGUACAUCAAAGGUAGUGAAAUGAAAUUUGAAAACAAACAAGGAGGAUCGGAUGAAAAGAACAGUGAGCUAACGAAAAAGAAUGCAAUGAACUAUUUAAAAGUUGAAGAAUUCAUAGCAAAAUUCAUGAGCUGGUACAAGAAUUCGUCUAAAAGUAAUGAUCAUAUGCAACUUGUUGCUGGAGUUUAACUAUGCUUUCUUGUCUCAAACAUCAUCAAUCCAGUUUGUAAAUAAAACCCACAGACAUUUUGUGUUUUGGAAACAGCUGUUAAAUAAGAUGUAUGAUGCAUACAUACUGCCACAUAAUAUUCUGAUUUUAUGUGUUUGGA